AUGUUAGACAGCAGCACAUUCCAGGAUCUGGCUUCACUGCCGCUGCACCAGAAUUGCGACCAUCCUGCCGUCAUGAACCCAAAGAAGUGUGCUACGGUGUGCAAUAUCAAUAAGAACCUGUUGAGUGUGGAUUACGCGGUGGUUGCACUUGCAGCAUAUCCAGAACUCAUGUCCUCAUCCGAUAUUCCAGCCGACGUGAAGGGGCGUGUUCGUGAAAUACUCGGGGAUUGCUCCCAAAGCUCCGUGGGGUCAUAUUCUCCUUCCGGCGGACUACGAAUGGUCCGAGAAGCGGUCGCGGCGUAUUUGACGGAACGCGAUCAAGCGCCUGCGAGAGCCCAGGAUAUUUACCUUGGCAACGGCGCUGCAGACCUCAUCAGGGCAGUCCUUGCCAUGUUUAUCGGCGACAUCGACGGGAAACCACCUGCGGUGAUGUUACCGAUCCCCCAAUACCCACUUUUCUCCGGCUUCUUGUCGGAGCUGGGUCUGCUCCAAGCCAGCUAUUACCUGGACGAGGAACGGAACUGGGCACUGGACACUUGCGAGCUGCAGCGUUGCUGGAAGCAAGCGAGCAUAUGCAGCCACGUACGUGUGUUAGUCAUCAUCAAUCCCGGCAAUCCCUCUGGACAGGUGCUGUCUGUAAAGGACUUGGAGGAGAUUGUAAAAUUCGCAUACGACCACGAUCUGUUCCUACUCGCCGACGAAGUUUACCAGGACAACAUUAUAGGCAAAAAAUUCCAUUCUUUAAAAAAGGCAAUGAAUAAUAUAAUACGAGUUAUGUACGCGAUGGGUGAACCAUACAGGAGUAUGGAGCUGGCAAGCUUUGCGACGUGUUCGAAGGGCUGGGCGGCGGAGUCGGGGCUGCGGGCCGGAUUCCUGGAGAUGGUGGGCGUCCAGGGCGGAGUGGCGGCCGUUUUUGAACGAACGCGUUCCUUGCUUCAGUGCCCAGGCGUGCUUGGCCAGUGCGCUCUCCAUUGCCUCGUGCAGCCACCGCUGCCGGGGGAGCCUUCGUACGAGCGCUACAAGUCCGAACGAGGGCCGACAGAGAUUGCAUUGGCCGAACGAUCGGCCACUGCCUUCAACGUAUUCAACAGUAUUCCCGGCUACUCCUGUAACUCCAUUCAUGGGGCAGUUUUUGCCUUUCCACGCGUGGAGAUACCGAAGAGGGCACAAAAGGAGGCCCUUGAGAAUGGCCGCAACCCAGAUGAGUUCUACUGUCUGCAGCUACUCGAGGAGACCGGUGUGUGCGUGGUGCCUGGUUCCGGUUUUGGUCAGCGUGAGGGAACCUUCCACUUCCGAACCACCAUCCUACAUCCACCACGAGAGUUCAACUACAUGAUGGAAUCUAUCAGACGCUUCCAUUUGCAUUUUCUCCAACGCUACUCAAAU